GACGCGAGCAACCGCCAUUGUCAUUCGCUCCGAUCGACGCCGGAAGUCCGCUUCCGUUCACCAAUUCAAUCAAUUCCAAUCUCAAACGAAAACGAACGAAAUUUAAAUAAGAUCAUUUUGUUUUAUCACAAUUUUUCGGCUCGAAACAGACGGAACCGAACUUUUUUCCCCGAUCCUUCGACCGAAAAUUUUCUAAUCGGAGACACUGAUUGUGUCCUUGCUUUGUGGGAUUUCUUGGUGUUCUUUUGGUGAGAUUGUAAAAUCACCGCAGAUUUGUUUACAUUUAUUUUCUUACGAUUUUGAGAACCAAGCGUCAACACCUCUUGUUAGUCGCCGGGAAUUGUGCACCCUAUUUGCUUUUCCUUGACGCCAACAGCUGUCCGGAGUGACUGAAGUCGUUGGUGUUUCUGGUUUGCAUAGAUCGAUCGCUGCUUCUUGAUCCUGCGAUCAAUUUAACCGAACGCGGCGGGGGAAAGGAAAAUACCUGCGAUUACCGUCGCCGACAAUUUAGAAGAGGUAUAAAGAGAAAAACGAAAGAAAAGGAAAUCCGGAGGCUGCAGAAUGGUUUCCUCGGCAAUCUUCGGGGCAGCCGCCGGCACGGGUUUGGCGCUGGUCGUCGCGAUGACGAUCGUCGUGUACCGGUAUUACGCGGUGAAGCGGAAGGGGAAGUACUGGAGCAACCUCGAUCGUUGGCCGGAUCCUCCGACCACCAGGAGGCCGGAACCGAGGCAGGAGGAUCCGCUGCAGCAGUCCGGCGACGCGACCUCCUCGCACGUGCUCAACUGCUGGAAGAAACAACAAAAGAACUACUACGCGGUGCAGUCUGGGGAAUUCAAUGUGGCUAAGGAAAAACAUUCCGUGCAGCCGUGUUCUUCCGUGGUGGUCGAAUCUGGAGGCUUGCCACACCAGAGCCGAAGCUACCCUGGCGGAAGUAGCAGCAGCGGCGGAAGCACCGGUCGUUUAUUCACCAGAAAUUCGUCGGUCAGCUCUCAAAGUUCCUUGGAGGGACAACCAGGUCACCGAAGUUCGUCGCAUACUCGGUCAUUCGGACCUGACGGCCGCUACCAUCAUCAUCGCGAUCCUCUGCACACCGCUUCUUCUUAUCCACCGAGCAGAAGUUCAAGAUCACCGUCACCGGGACGUGCCGCGUCGCUGGACGCACGCUGCGGAAGUCCAGCCAGUUGUUCCGGAAGCCUUCUCAGCAGCAAUGCGUCACGCUCCCAAAGCUCGCUGUCCUCUCUGGCAACAGGUGUGGGCUCUUCUUGCGGCGGGUCCACGAUAAGCGUCACCCACGGAGCUGCGAGAUCGGCCGGCCGAAGCCUGUCGCCGCUUCUUAUUCCGCCAUUACGGUCAUCUGGAAGCGAUGGUGGACCACCGCCGCCUCCAGCUUCGCCACUGGGUUCCAUACAGCCUGAUCUCUACCUAUCAAGAGACGGUCCGAUAUUCCUCAAAUCUCACGGGAAUGGGAAAAGUUUAGGUCGAUUGCAUUUGCGGUUCAGAUACGAUUUCAAUCGAUCCGAUCUGCACGUUCACUUGAUUGAGGCGCACGAUCUGGCUGGCAGCGACCAAGGAGGUUUCAACGACCCUUACGUGAAACUGACGCUGAGUCCUGAGGUGGACACAAGAAAACGACAGACGCAGAUAUAUCGUAACGAGACGAACCCGGUCUUCGAUCAGCAAUUCAAGUUCCCCGUCAGCCAUGAUGAAUUUCAUGAUAAAACCCUCGUCUUGCAGGUGCUGGAUUACGAUCGAUUCUCCAGAAACGACGUGGUGGGCUCGGUGAAGGUACCGUUAAACAUCUUGCGAUUAGACUCCCCUUCGUCCACCGAGGAAGUAUGGGGUCAGAUAGAACGCGAACGGAAGCCACCGGAACAUACCCAAGAAGUUUUGCUCUCCUUGUCUUAUCUGCCGAGCGCGGAGCGAUUAAAGGUCGUUAUCGUAAAAGCGAGGAAUCUCUUUCCGCCGCAGGAAAAGGAGACAUUAAAUUCUUUCGUGAAGGUGAAUCUUCUUUGCGGUGAAAAACGGAUGAAGAAGAAAACCGCUGUAAAGAAAGCGACAACAAGUCCUAUGUGGAAUGAGGCGAUGUCCUUUGACGUCCCUGCGAGCUCGCUCGCGUCGUCUGCCAUUGAGGUGCGCGUGAUGGACUCAAGCAACGAAUUCAUCGGUGGCAGCGUGAUCGUCGGCUCUUGCAUCAUCGGCCCGGCGACCGGCGCCAUUCCGGGCGUGGAGAACAGCGGCAGCCAGGGUAGGGAGCACUGGCUGCACAUGACUCAAUCGCCGAGAGAGACCAUCGCCAUGUGGCACACGUUGCACUAAUCGCUGUAAAUCGUCCAUCCGAGGAUCCGACCGUUCACCGCUGGAAAAUCACGGGAAAUCCGCGGCUUUCCGUUCUCCCCGUUAACAAAGAGGGGAAGAAAAUAGCGGCAAGAGGGAAGCCGUGCCGUGGCGACUGGCGUACAAUCAGUUUCUAGGGUAAAUAAUCCGGCAAACAAUACAUGUAAACAAAGGUAGCCGUGUUAUAUGUGGAACCGCUUCUAUGGAUGUACUCUCGAAACCACUGAACGGAAACGAAAACCGCGAGCACACCGUGUCGCCCCACUGAUCGAUGUAUCCCCUAUUAACACUUUGCGUGCGCGAUCAACCCCGGAGAAUCCACUCAGCUUGGUUCAGUUAAUUGUCGAAGUUCGAUUCUGCGGAUCCCGGAGAGGAAAAUAAUAGGGAAUCCAUUAACUCUCUGCGUAAAGAGUUCCAGUACAUCGAGGUUAAUGAGAGAAUUCCUGUGGAAACUUUAUCGUUAUAUCCUCGUUAAGUUUAACUGGCAGGUGAACUGUAGGUGGAUGAACAUCUGCAGGCUAGUCCAUAGCUUCCGUUCCUUGAACGCCAACCGUGAUUAUGUACAUAUUUUUAUAUUUUAUUGUAAACGUUGUUUUUUAGUUUCUAAAUUCUUUUGGAAACCUGAUUGCUACGCUGUUCUAAUUGCGUUUCGCGCGGUCGAAUGUACUAGAAAUGCGUGAAGAUUCGCAGGCUUGCCGUGAUCUUUGUUUUUCGAAAGCUCGUCGAUCAUGAUUGAAUUUCAAUUCCUCUUUUUUUGUGUUUUAUUAUAAAUAUUGAUUUUUAAUCUACAAUGAACAGAUGCGUGUCAGUCACGUGCGGCAGACACGACACUCAAAGUGUUAACAUUUUGCUGCGCCUAGCUUUCCGUGGAUUGGCACCGAAGCUGUCAUUUACUCAUCGUUGUUGAAUUGUUUUAGAGACGAGCUUGUUCGUCGAAAUAUUAAUGAAUGGUCAAGAAUCGUUGCGCACUUCGGCCGAUUUCAUUGGACCAUCCACGCGACUGAGAUAAAUUUGUCGCGCUAAGCCACGCGAUUCUCGAGUGAGCGUUAUCUUCUCUUUCGUCAUUAUGUUCUGUCAAGUUGAAACUGGUACACAGUAGUGAACGAGACGAUAGCGUUGCGCGCGGAUCUGGGUAAAAUUUAGAAAACAGAUAUUCCGAAUACUGAAAGAAUGAACGUUAUACGAUCCUAAUGAAAAUGGUGUGUUAUAUAUUGUACAAAGCGAAAGAUUUUUCAAUAAACUUAAUAGAUGUAAAUUAUUGAAAUUAUUAUGAAAGUAAAAUUUGAAUAUUGAUACACUGCGUACCGGCUGAUUUUCAGAAAACUGAAUUAGGCAGGUAGCGAUUUUUAGUGAGAUAUAAAAAAUAUCAAAUAGAUGAUCAGUUAUAAUCAGAUUUAAUUUUUUUUUUAAUUGCUGUAGUAAUUAGCAAAGUUACAGAACUAAGUGUCUUUAUAUAAAAACGAGAUUUCGCGUUACCAGUAUGCAAUGUGCGAAAAUUUCUUCACCAAUGAAUUUGAACGGAUUCGAAUCAAUUUUCUUCAGAUUAAUUUUAAUAUUUAGGUGGGUUGAAUAUUAAAAUGUAUCUGUUAAUAAAUUCAAAGUGAACAGUACUUUAAAAACGUAUUAGAACUCAUUAACGUUUUUAAAUAACUUAAACCAUUAGAAUAAAAUCUCAGUAAUCUUCUCAAUAAAAAUAAAAAAAGGAUCGAGGGAAAAUUUCACCUUUUGAACGUUGACUUUAAUUAAAUAAAAAGAAAAAUAAUAAAUUCCUCGAGCAACAAGAUAUUUUCAGAGUACACGCUCCAUUAACUGUUCGAAAAAAUAUUUUACCCAGCACUGGUGCAACAGUAUUGUCGCCAGUACUUAAUUACUUAGCUUAAAUCAAUAUUGCAAGUAGUACGGGAAGUAAAUGAGCCGCCAUUACGAAAAUAGCUUCGUUUCGCUCGUCUUCUUUUCGUACGUGUUCCGUUUACGUCGAAGGCUAACCACGUCUUACAUAAUCACCGAAUUGAUUAUCCGGCAACGAAACGACCAUGAUAGCAGUUACAUCAUGUUUCCGACGUUAAAAGACAAACCAUGUUUCCGUUCAUGCGGAACGAUUCUAAUUUUCCAUGAGUACAUAAGGCACGUUUGAUCGAUAUCAGACGUACCAUUACACUUUAUCUACCGCAAGCCAUAUAACACAUUGCGUACCGGAAACGAGAAAUCUAAUUUUUAUAUAAAUAGCUACCUUCGUAGCUUUGCUAACCAGCGCAUCGUUUGAGAAAAUAUUACAUUUUAUUAGAAUCAAUUGUUUUCAAAUUAUUUUAAACUUUAUCAAUUAACUAUCAGAUAUUUAAAUAUUUUACAUAUAGUAAUGUAAGUUUUUUUAACAAUUAACCGGUACGCAAUGUGUUAAUCGGCUUUUCCGAAUGCUUAACAAUUCAAAACCUAUUAAAAUCUCGCUGUUCUAAAACAUAACUGAACAUAACGAAAUUCCGUUAUACUUUAAUUUUAACCCUAGAUUUACGGGUCCCGUCAAUCUGACGGAUAUCGAAUUUUAUUAACAUUAUUUGCUAAAUGCUUGCGUCGAUUUUGAUUGAUGCAAUUAGAUGAAUAUGUAUCUUGAUCGUCUAUUUUCUAACCCCUAAUUUCCAAGAUCUAAACGAAUGGAUUAUCCAUUUUGCUAGGAACAACAGAAUGAAGUCUACAACAAAUAUCCGUGAACCUAGUGUUGAAGUUAUACAGCUUUGCAAUUAGAACCAUAUACUCAUACACGAUAGGAGAAACUGUAUCGGUCAUUUGGAAGUGAUCACAAGCAGAUAAAGUGAUAACAGAAAUUUUUACGGUUAUUUAUAACAGGAAUCUUUUUUUUUUAUUACUGGGAUGUCCUAGAAAAUAAUGCGUAUCUUCAGUAAUGUUCCUUAUAACGUCUUUCUUUAUCAUUGUCAAAUGUUAAUGGACAUGUUUAUCGCAUCACUGAAAUAUCUAUCACUGUCACCUCUUAGGUCAUAUUUCGUCUUAACGUUGAGUCGAUUAGACUACAUCUGAUUGCGUGACCGAUAUUUAUUACCAAUCAAGAGAAGAGAUGUUAUCGAAAGAUUUGAAAAAUGUAUUUGAAAAUGUUUAUCCUGAUAUUUGGUCAAAAUGGGAAAAUGUUUCUUCUUCUGUACUAUUCUGUAAUAGUUUGGCAUUACUUUAUUACGUGAUUCAUUUUGAAAAUAAUCGAACUAGAAUUUGCAUUUAAUAAGAAUCUACUAACGCCUCUGCUUAUGAUUUACCGUUUCUACUUCUCAUCAAUACUAACUCGUGUGUAUUAGAUUUAUAAUACUUUUUGAAGCUAUUUUAUUGCAUACAUAUGUAAAAUCACUAUUUCACGCGUUAAAUGACACACGGUUUUCAUGAAAAUCGACGAAUGAUCCCAAAUUUCUGCUUUGACAGCACGUUGAACUAAACAUAUUAGGUAGUAACAUAAAUUCGUUUAAAUGCAAAUGUGAACAAUCCUAGUUCUAAGAAUGUAAUAAUGACUUACUUCAAAUUUGAAUGAUUAAUCCAAACGAAACUAUUGAAUACAUGUGAACAUAUUUAUGUUACAACCCAGUAGGUAAACAACGAUUUGAACAUGCGACAUUUUCUAGGACGCCCUAGCAGAACAUGCCGAAAUAGAAAUGAAAUAGAUAACGCAUAUACGUAAUGUACUUUCUAGGCCUAAGUGCUACGCUACAACACUGACCUCAAAAGUUGAAUCGCAUUUCGUGGUGCACACGGUUCACAGUGAAUCGAGAGCCUAAGAACGGUCCCCAAACCGAUUUAAUGUGACAGCGUCUGUAAUUAUUAACGUAAUCAAUACCGUUUAGUCGAGUAACUGACAAGCAAAUCUGCAACAGAGAAUGCAACAUAUGUAAACACAGUGUCGAGCAACCAUCCGUUCCGAUCGGAUGAGUAUCAAUGAACCGUUUAACACUAAAACUACCGGGCCAGUCAGAAUGGCUCAUCUAAAAAUUCUUAUUUCACUGUUCUCGAAACUGUGAAGAUGCUUUGGUGAAAAAUUAUAAAGCAGAUCUGUGUGCUGUGCAGCACUUUCGUCCUGAGUGAAUCCUAAAAGCUAAACAGGGACAAGGCGAUGACAGUUGAUGUCAUUGGCCAAGCCGCGUAACGAAGAAAGCAGACGAAGUGAGAUGUAAUAAACAUUGACGUCAUAACUAUGUAAUGCUUGUUUAAAUUCCACAAUUUCGGGUUGCAUAGGAGGAAGCUACUUGCUUCCAGAAACUGACUCGAGCACAGCCUAACAAAGGCAAAGAAUUGAUAUAGUGCUGGAGCGUACAAUCGAUUCCCCUUGCACUUUAAGCUUUUAGAAUGUACUCAGGACAUGAAAGCUAUACAGUAUUUCUAUGAAUAUAUCAGUGUACAAGCGCUUCAAAUCUCGAAGAAUACAGUUUUUUUUUUCAUUUCUCUAGGAGAUUACGGAGAAAUCACUCUAAUUGCUCGGUAGUUCUAGUGUUAACCGUUUGCUAACGAGAAAUCGUGUCGCGCAGACCACGUUCCGAUAGGUAUCUUCGAGUUUUUGCGUUCCUAUUUCACAGGACACUAGGAGACGCGGGCAAGGAUAAACCGAACGAUUGCAGCUGCAUCUGAUUCACGCGAAACGGCAAGGAGAAUGUAAACAUUUCCGACCAAAGUUCGUCAUAUCAUAUUGUAAUACCGAUAAUUUUCGAAGAUUCUCCCGGAGCUUAGAUCUAUUUAAUUACUAAGUUAGAGGCUCGAUUAAGGAACCUGCCGAACUGUGAAAUAUUUUAAUAUCGGGCGUUACCGCCACAGCGAUUUCGUGUUUUUGAUCCGUUAGCUGUGAGAAAGGGACAGGGAAGGAAAGAAAAGCGCUGCGUGACCACCGUUACCUGGAAUAAGAGAGGAUAUAAUUAAAUGUUGAUGAUCGUUAAGUAUGUUGAAUAAAUAUCAUAUAUUAUAUUAUAAAUAUAGGUAUAUUAUAUAUUAUAUAUUAUAUAUUCGUAUGUGUACGUAUAUGCAAGUAUAUAAUAUAUACAUGUAAUAUGUACGUGUAAGUAAGGACUAUAAGCGAAACAUAAAACCUUGCUGGAAAAUUGUAAUGGUUCGUUGGGAAGAAACGCUUAACUGUAAAAGCGUGGUCCGAAUCGUACGCUUAAAUUAUUACUUAACAGUAUUUCUUAUUAUAUUCUGCGCGCCACGAGAACGCGUGUCCUAUUUAUAUUUAAAAAAAAACGUAUAUAUAUGUAUAUUAUAUGAAAAUGUUCUUCUUACAUGUAUAUCGUGUCGUAUAUACAAUCAACUUGAGUGUCUACUGCAACGUGCUUUCAACAUACCAAAGUACUUAUCAAAAUUUAUCUACCGAUACUUAUAAUUAAUUGUAGCGAUGUUAACGAUUUACACUAGUGACCAUGCGUACGUAUAAUUUUCUCGUGUGCAUCUUGAAAUCGAAUAAGAUGACAAUUUCAUUGAGAAGAUUUUCUUAUGGUUUACUAUGAAUUAUGAGAUAGAAACUUGACAAAUUUAUAUCGUGACAAAUUAAGGGAACGAAUGGGGUUAAACGAUUUUGAAAUAGUAAACUUGAUCCGCGUUUAAUGUUUAAUAUAAAAAUAUGAAAACAUGUAAUAUGUUUUAAGACUUUCUAUUUUCACGCGGAACAUUGAUACUUCUAUAACGUCCCUUAAACUUUCUAGUAUUACGAGAAAAUUAUUAUGGUCAGUAGUAUAUGUCGAAUAGAUUUGAACAUACAGGAUGUUUUAAAUGUAAAGAAACUAGCUUGGAAUCUGGUAGAGAAUUCAAUUCUAAAGUGAACAAUUUUACAAUAAACAUAUGAACAUGUAUCUAUUAACUUCCCUAUGAAGUUGUCAUUGAAAAAGUUUUGGUGUUACAACUUUUUUAACUUUUACAUAUAAUUUUGAUUGAUCAUGAGGUAUUAAGCAUAAAAGGUAAUUUAAUAUCAACGAUAAUGUUAAUAUAUAUUUAUAAAAGGAUGAGACAUUUUUUGAGCAACUUUUGCGAAAAAUCGCAGCUAUUAUAAAUGAAGGAAACCUAUGAAGUUUAAUUUAUAAAUUUCUAGAUGAAAGGUGUAAUAAAAAAGUGAAAUACAAAAACAUAUAGAUUUACGCUUCUGAAUUAGUUUAUCUCGGAAUGUAUUUCCCAAUCAGAUUUUAUACUGCAUAGUAUCUUUAUUUUUAAAGGCAUCUUGUACAUAUAAAAAUAUUGACUUUGUAUCUCUUCAUUUGCACAAAUAUGAAAUAUAAAAACUUUCUGUGAACGUCGUGUUCGUAUCGUGUUUCUACCACCGAUCUUUGAACACCAAUUUCGGUAGACGACGAUCGUCCAACGAUAUUUCGCAUAGUUUUUAAACCAACAGACUACCUUUCGUCGGACCUGAAUUUGCCUUGCACUACAUGGCAAACAAAAAAUGAAAUGUUCACUGUGACUGAACUACAAUUAUCGUACAAACAAUUGAACAAGGAAAUACAAUUUAUAGCGUUACUAGCCUAUCGAAGAGCAAGGCAAGUUUUCUGAGUGUUUUCGAGAAUGUUUCUUGUCUUAUUGCGUGGUAAAGAAUGUACAAUGUAUCCUAAAUGUGAUGUAUAACCGAUAUUUUCUUGUAAUGUAUCCUUAUGAUUCAAAUGAAAAUAAAGAAUUACUUAUU